UCCAAAAAAGAACUCUUUCCCUCGUCCCCUCUUCUCUGUUUCCACCCUUAACUCUAUUUAACAAAUCAUUUGGCGUCCACAAUGUUGCUCGGUCUUCGCUUUUUGGCGGGGUGUAAAGUGAAAAUCCCCUACCAAACAACCCAUUAAAUAUUAAUCUAAAACAUUUUCCCGCUGACAAGAAAAAAUAAACGAAAAUGCCCAUCAAAAGGAAUGACAUAGUAGAAUAAUUUCUAGGGUUUUUGUUUGUUUUAUGGGCUUCAUUUGCUUAUCUCAUUAGUCAGUUUUUGAGAUAUUUGAGGUGAGAAAAAGUAACAGGAAGAAAGAGUAGAGGAAAUAGACAAAAGGGUUGUUCUUUUUUUGCUUUUAGAGGUAAAAUCAUUUGUGGGUAUUUGACUAUGAAGUGUAAGCUCAAGAGGGUUUCCUUUGAUUACUCUACUUUGUAGAAAGAUUAUUGCUUUUUAAGUGUUUAGUGCUGGAAAUGUGGGAUUAGGAGCUAAAAUUUUGCUGGGUCCCUUGUAUUUAUAUCAAUGCAGGUGUUGAUUGCAACCCACAUUAGUGUCUACUUUUUCUGGGUUAGUUUAUUUUUAUUUUUUCUCUCAUUUUUGCCUUCUUUUUUGUUGAUUAAUAAAAUAUUCUUGGCAACAAAUAUGGUAGUUAAGCUAAAAAUGAAAGCUUUUGUUAACCUGUUAUUUGCAGUUGAAAGUUUGUUAAUCUUUUAAAGUUUUGGUUGCUGAUAGUGAUUGAUUCUUCACAAGAUUCCAAUUUGGUGGAAAAUAGCUUAGGGGAUUCUUCUUCUUCUUCUUAUUCUUGUCUUAGUAGGUUUUCAUUGUGGGUUAAAGCUGAAUUUUAAAGUAAAUAAUGAAGUUAUUUGGGUUUUUUAUGCUUUCCCUAUAUUUAGUCUCUGCAUUAGGGCAGCUACCUUCACCUGACAUUAUAGCAUUGCUUCAAUUUAAGAAGGGUAUUAAACAUGACCCAACUGGUUUUGUGUUGAAUUCAUGGAAUGAAGAGUCUAUUGAUUUUAAUGGGUGCCCUUCUUCUUGGAAUGGGGUUGUUUGUAAUGCUGGUCAUGUUGCUGGUGUUCUUCUUGAUCAUUUGGGUCUUUCUGCUGAGGCAGAUUUGAGUGUUUUUGCUAAUCUUACCAUGUUAGUAAAGCUUUCAAUGGCAAACAAUUCCAUUAGUGGCCGCAUUCCUGAUAAUAUAGGCUCUUUCGAUAAGCUUCAGUAUUUAGAUAUUUCGAACAAUCUCUUUUCCGACUCUUUGCCCUCCGGAAUUGGCAACUUGGCUAGCCUGCAGAACCUUUCGUUGGCCGGAAACAAUUUUUCCGGACCAAUUCCUGAUUCAGUUUCAGGACUGACCGCACUACAGUCUCUAGACUUGAGUCGCAAUUCGUUUUCUGGUUCACUUCCUUCCUCAUUGACAAAGUUAAGAAGUUUAGUUUAUCUGAAUUUGUCUAAAAACGAGUUUUCGAAGAAGAUUCCUAAAGGAUUUGAAUUGCUUUCAACACUUGAGGUGCUCGACUUGCAUGGAAACAUGUUUGAUGGAAAUCUUGAUGGGGAUUUCUUGAUGUUUUCGAGUGCUAGUCAUGUUGAUUUAAGUGACAAUCAACUCGAGAAUUCUGGUUCGGGAAAAGAAAAGUUCCUGGCUGGUGUGUCGGAGUCAAUCAAGUAUCUGAAUCUCAGCCAUAAUAGCCUUACUGGAUCAUUGAUUGGUCAAACUCAGCUGUUUGAGAACAUUAAGGUAUUGGAUUUGAGUUACAAUAUGUUAUCCGGAGAGUUGCCGGAAUUCAACUUUGUCUAUGAUCUUGAAGUUCUUAGGUUAAGCAACAACAGGUUUUCCGGGUUUGUUCCUAAUGAUCUGCUGAAAGGAGAUCCCCUGCUUCUUACUGAAUUGGACUUGAGUGGCAACAAUCUCACAGGUCCAAUUGGCAUCAUCAUGUCUACAACGAUGCGAACACUUAAUCUGUCUUCAAAUGGUCUUUCGGGUGAACUGCCACUGCUGACCGGAGACUGUGCUAUCCUCGAUUUGUCGAAAAAUCAAUUUCAAGGGAACUUGACAAAAAUGGCAAAAUGGGGAAACAUAGAAUUCCUCGAUCUCAGCCAAAACCGUUUGACAGGUCUUAUUCCUGUAACCACAUCUCAGUUCUUGCAUCUAAACCAUCUCAACCUUUCCCGUAAUUCCCUCAAAGGUAGUCUACCAAAAGUUAUGACCCAAUUCCCAAAGCUCAGCGUUCUAGAUUUAAGCUUCAACCAAUUAGACGGGCCUCUACAAAGUCGUUUAUUGACAAUGCCAACGUUGCAAGAAUUACAUCUUGGCGGCAAUUCUUUUGCCGGGACUAUUGAGUUUUCGCCUCCCCCUGGUCAGUCGGAUCUUCGUGUCCUUGACCUUGCUGACAAUCAUCUAAGUGGUUACUUUCCAGACGGAUUUGGAUCACUAACUGGUCUAGAGGUCCUUAAUCUUGCGGGAAAUAAUUUUUCAGGCUCUUUGCCAACUUCCAUGAAUGACAUGAACUCACUAACUUCUUUAGAUCUAUCAGAAAAUCACUUCACGGGUUCUUUGCCUACUAACCUGUCUAGCAACCUUCUAAGCUUUAAUGCAUCAUACAAUGAUCUCUCUGGGGUUGUUCCCGAGAAUUUGAGAAAAUUUCCUCGUUCAUCUUUCUACCCGGGAAAUUCUAAGCUGCAACUUCCAAAUGCACCGCAUGAACAAGAAAGUUCCGGUGGAAACUCCAAGAGGAAAACUAUGAAGACCCUGAUUAAAGUGAUAAUAAUAGUUGCAUGUGUGGUUGUCUUUUUCAUUUUGAUUUUGCUUGCCAUCUUCAUACAUUAUAUUCGCCUCUCAAAGAGACCUAUAUCUGACGAUGUGCGUAAGAGUGAUGUCGAGAGGAAGGUGCCGACAAAUCCCUCCGGCAUUGGUGGGAGAGAAAAUCCUCGGAAUUUGGUUGUCUCAGCUGAAGAUGUUAUUACCGCCACCCGAAAACCAUCCUCAUCCGAGAUCAUGAGUCCUGAUGAAAAAGCUGCUGCUGUUACGGGCUUCUCUCCAUCCAAAACCAGCCAGUUAUCAUGGUCACCGGAAUCUGGAGAAUCUGUUGCAGCGGCUGAGAGCCUAGCUAAACUUGAUGUGAAGUCACCUGAUCGGUUGGCGGGCGAGUUGUAUUUUCUGGAUGAUAUGGUGUCAUUGACACCCGAGGAACUUUCAAGAGCACCAGCGGAGGUGUUGGGUCGUAGCAGUCAUGGAACUUCUUAUAGGGCUACAUUGGAUAAUGGUAUGUUCUUAACCGUGAAGUGGCUAAGAGAAGGCGUCGCAAGACCAAAGAAGGAUUUUGCCAAGGAGGCUAGGAAAUUCGCGAAUAUAAGGCAUCCUAAUGUUGUUGCGUUACGAGGAUACUAUUGGGGUCCUACCCAGCAUGAGAAGCUCAUCCUUUCAGAUUAUAUAUCACCGGGAAGUCUUGUCGGCUUUCUUUAUGAUCGACCAGGAAGGAAAGGUCCGCCAUUGACCUGGCCGCAGAGAUUGAAGAUAGCAGUAGACGUUGCACGUGGUCUCAACUAUCUUCAUUUUGAUCGAGCUCUUCCUCAUGGUAAUCUUAAAGCAAACAACAUAUUACUUGACGGUCCUGAGCUUAAUGCACGAGUUGCAGAUUACUGCCUUCAUCGCCUCAUGACUCAAGCAGGAACAACUGAGCAAAUUCUCGAUGCUGGUGUUUUAGGAUACCGGGCCCCUGAACUGACCGCGUCUAAGAAGCCCCUUCCAUCUUUUAAGUCAGAUGUUUACGCAUUUGGAGUUAUAUUGCUGGAACUGUUGACUGGAAAAUGUGCCGGUGAAGUUGUUUCUGGUGAAGGCGGAGGUGUUGAUUUGACAGACUGGGUUCGACUGCGAGUAGCUGAAGGGCGGGGAUCUGAUUCGUUUGAUUCUUCCCUGGCGGCUGAAAUGGGAAAUCCUAAUGUCGCUAAGGGAGCUAAGGAGGUUCUUGGAAUAGCCUUACGAUGUAUACGCUUGGUAUCAGAAAGGCCAGGUAUCAAAACUAUAUAUGAAGAUCUUUCAUCCAUUUAGUUGAUUGUGGAGGUUUUUUCUUAUUGAAUUUUGAUUUUUAGGGUGUCCUGAAAAUGGGUAUGGUAGUAAAGCCUCACUUAUGAAUAUUAGUUUGGUGUAUGAGGUAGUUAAAGUUAUUUUCUCGAAUGAUGAUUGUUCAAAUGGGCCAUGUUUUGAGAUUAGAUGCUCAUAUGUAAAGAAUUGCUGAUGUCACUUUGCAAAUAUCUUAUUGGCAAUGUGAAAAUCUUUUUCUCCUACUUCAUUAUGAAUUUAUGAUAAGUGCAAUGUCUACUUUCUA